UACUUUAACGCAUAAAGAAAAUUUAUAUCUAACCUACGCCUGUAUUUGUUAAAACUUCGUUUUAUAAUGUUCAUACGUAGACGGAAUUUUGUAAAUAACAUAAUAAUAAUUCGCAGGCUUUGUUCAAAUAAAAAGUUAUUUAAAAGUUCAAAAUCGAUUAGAAACGAAUUUUUAGAUUAUUUUACUAAAAAUCUAAAUCAUGUAUUUAUUCGCUCAAGUCCAGUGUUACCUUUCAAUGAUCCAUCCAUUCCAUUUGUAAAUGCAGGAAUGAAUCAGUUUAAAGGUGUUUUCUUAGGUGAGCAUAGUCCUCCGGCAUGCAGAGCUGUAAAUUCACAAAAGUGUAUUAGAGUUGGUGGAAAACAUAAUGAUUUAGAUAUUGUUGGAAACGAUCCUUAUCAUCAUACAUUUUUUGAGAUGCUUGGAAAUUGGUCUUUUGGAGAUUAUUUUAAGGAAGACGCCUGCAAAAAUGCAUUGGACUUAUUAGUAGAAAUCUAUGGAAUAAAAAAAGAUUUUUUAUAUGUAACAUAUUUUAGUGGUAAUGAAAAAUUAGAUUUGAAACCAGAUCUAGAAUGUAAGGAAAUUUGGUUAAAGCUUGGCGUACCAGAAGAUCAUAUAUUACCGUUUGGCAUAGAGAACAAUUUUUGGGAAAUGGGACCGACUGGCCCAUGUGGCCCUUGCACUGAAAUUCAUAUAGAUCACACAAUGCAAUCAAAAAAUCAAGCUCAUAGAGUUAAUAAAGGUCACGAUGACCUUACAGAAUUGUGGAACAUAGUUUUCAUUCAAUUUCAAAGACUUCCAAAUGGACAAAUAAUACCAUUAAGAAAGAAUUACAUUGAUACCGGAAUGGGAUUUGAAAGAUUAGUAUCGAUAUUACAAAAAAAGCGUUCUAAUUAUGAUACAGAUCUUUUUCAACCAUUAUUUAAUGCAAUUGAAAAGUACUCCCAUGCACCAAAAUAUCAAGGUCGUUUUGGAAUAGCCGAUAGAGAUAAAAUUGAUUAUGGAUAUAGAAUGUUAUCCGAUCAUGCCCGAAUGAUUACCGUAGCUUUAGCCGAUGGAAUGUUACCUGAUAAGAAUCAUAAACUUAGACGAGUUUUACGAAAAGCAAUCGAUGUUAGUGAAGAAAUUUUUAAAAAAAAUAAAUUACUAACAGAAUUAAGCAAUCAUGUUGCCAUAAGUCUCGGAGAUGUGUAUCCAGAAAUUUACAAAAAUUUAAAUAAAAUACAACAUAUUAUACAAUACGAAGAAGAAAUUAUGAAAUCUGCUAGACAUGCUGCUGUAAAGAAUUGGAAAAAAAUUGUAAAUAAGCGGCCAGAACUUUCUACUGUUACUGACACUACAUUACCUGGACUGACUGCGGGAUAUAACGAAUUACAAAAUUUUUUAAAAUUAGAGCAAAAAAGCAACAGCCUACCAGGAGAUUUUGCAUAUAAAUUAUACGAUACCUAUGGUCUUAACAUGGAAACAAUACAUCAAUUGUCAGAAAUUGAAUCAAUAGCAUUUGAUUUAAAUGCUUUUAAACAAGUACUGGAUAAGGUUCGGAAACAAUCUAGAAAUGAAGCUGAUAAAGUCGAUACUGAAAUUAUAUCCGAUUAUUCUUUGAAUUUACUCGAAUCAGCAAAUGUACCAAAAACAGAUGAUUUAUCGAAAUAUAUUUACACAUACAAUGAUGAAAGAUAUAAUUUUCCAACAUUAAAAUGUAAAUUAUUAGGAAUAGUUUUAAAUGGAAACUUAAUAUCUGAAACUGAUACAAGACUCAGCAUAGACGAAAGUCAAGCUAUUGUCGAAGCAACAAUUACAAACAGUGGUAAUAUCAUUGAGAGCAGUGCUGUUAUCAAUACUAAUUCAGAAGUUGGCAUAAUAUUGGAUAAAACAAAUGCAUAUUCACCUGCAGGAAGUCAAAUAUCUGAUAAAGGUCAUAUUCGUGUGAAAAAUCUGCUAUUUAAUUUUGAAAAAGUAAGAAAAAUUCGCGAUUAUGUUAUUCAUAUUGGACAAUUUGGUGAUUGGGAUGAAGUAAAUCUAGAACAUGAACUUCGAAUUGGAGAUGAAUGCCACAUUUCAAUCAAUGAAACAAAUCGAAUGGGACUCAUGAGACACCAUACUGCUACACAUUUACUAAAUGCCACUUUGCAGAAAAUUUUACCUGUAAUUGGUCAACGUGGAAGUAGUGUACAAAAGGAUAUUUUAUACUUUGAAUGUAGUACUUUUGGUAGGAAGUUAUCGCUAGAAGACUUAAUGGCAGUUGAAAAUAUUAUAAAUCAGACCAUCGAAGCUAAUAUUCCUGUUAAAACAAAAAUUGUAAAUGCCUUAGAAAUGCUAAAUGAAGAGAAUUUAACAAUAAUUCCCGGAGAAACUUAUCCGGAUACAGGAAUCCGAAUAAUUGAAAUAAAUAGUAACAUAUUAAAUUCAAAAGAAGCAUGUUGCGGUACACACGUACAUAUGACGGGAAUUUUAAAGCAUUUCUGUAUUGUAAAUGUGAAAUCUCGAGGAAGUUUAAGCAUAAGUUUGAAAGCCGUAACUGGAUCAGUAGCUCGAUUAACAAGACUUGCAGGUGAUAAUUUAACAAACAGAAUCUCAAAAUUAGAAAAUGAUUUCAAAACAAAUAAUAUAGAAUUAAACGAUCUUGAAUACAAAAUUAAUAGUGAAAAAAAUGAAUUAUUGGAUAAAAAAAAAAUAUACCCUUAUAUUACUGUACAAAAAAGUUUAGAAAAAUUGGAAAUAUUAUUAAAAAAUAUUAAAAUGCAAGAAAGGGGUAAAACAAGGAAUACCAUAGAAGAAGAGAUUAAAAAACUGUUAGAAUCAUCAUCAAUGCCAUUCGUUGUACAUUGUCUUCAACCAAAUAAUGCAUAUUUGGAAAAUAUAUCGCUAAAAAAUAUCAUUAAGCUUUGUCCUUCAACAACUCCAGUCUUAAUUAUUGCACAUUGUAAGAACAAAGUUAAAGCCAGAUGCUGUGUUCCUCAGGAACACCUAUCGACACUAUUCAAUGCUAAAACGUGGAUGGAAGAAGUACUACAAAUUUUUAAAUCACAAGGAAAUACUUUCAAAGAUGAAGAUCCAUCUUUUGCAUAUAACAUGCUACCAAUACAAAUUUCUAAUCAGGAUUUUAAUACGUUGAUCAACAAAGCAGUUUCCAAUGCAACAAAAUUUGCAUCGACUUAUCUUAAUAUAAGUAAUAAAGAUAAACCAAAUCAGUAGACUACCUGUUUUGUUGCUGUUCUAAAAGGUAGUGCUCCAAGAAUAACACUGUCAUCGAUACGAUCAUACCAUCGU